AUGUUGCGCGCGUCAAAGGGCGUUGGGCCGGUCCCGUCAGGGGCCUCCGGCGGCCCAUUGAAAAAUUCGCCAACGAACAGAGAGCGCGUACUGAACGCCAACCACACUGCACACGACCUUCUGAAAGAGCUUGGAAGGGGUCAAAACGCUGCAAAACCAGCUCCUAAGGUCGUCAACUUCCUCCGCCAGGUGGAAGACCUGACGAAGGACCUCCUGUCGACGCCCCUGACCGAUUGGCAGCAGGAGCUCGAAGCGCUGCGCAGGGAUCUCAAGCAAGAGAUCCAGGCUGUCAAAGCAGCAGUAGAACCGCCAGUGAGGCAGACGGUUCGAUCAUUCGCAGAUAUGGUCCGCACAAUGCCUGCGCCAGCGCACUAUCUCUCCUCGAGCAGCUCCUCGAGCUCGCCAACGCGCCCAUCGGAGGUAGCACGUGACCGCGAAGUGGUAGUCUGUCUAGGCGACCGCUCGCAGGUUAGUGUGUUCCGCCGUCUAACGAGUGCUGAGCUCACCAAGCGGGCAAACCAGGCUAGGGCGAAAGCAGCCAGAACCACAGGCACGCCGGCCCUCGCAUCGGUCAAAAUCAUCGCAUCGCGCCAGCUGAAAUCAGGCGAUCUCCGAUUCACCGUGUGCGAUGCCAAGGAAGCCGAAAUCAUGCGAAUCCACCGCGAUAAGUGGCCGAAAGGGCUCUGCAAGACGGCAUACGUGCAUAUGCCAACCUGGGGGAUUGUCGUCCACGAUGUCAACGUGCGCUCGCUCGGCAUCAAUAAGGCGUCAGAGGAUCUUACCGGCGUGCAAGAUAAGGUUAUUAAGGACCUGCUUGCGAGCAACGUGCAAAACUGGGGCGAAGGGGCAGAGAUUACCAAGAUCAGCUGGCUGCGUAUCCCAUCGGGGAAGAGUGGCUCGUUAAUAGUGGAGUUCACUUCUCCAGUGCCAGCUAACGUGGCGAUCGAUAAAGGGGUCCUCUGGGAUUGCGACAGCCUGAUAGCGGUCCUAUACGAUAGGGCGGCGCGUGUGCGGCAGUGCUUUAACUGUCAACAAUACGGACACAUAGGAACCACCUGUGCCAACGCCGUCAAAUGCGUGUAUUGUGCGGAGGGCCAUCAAUCUCGGGAUUGCCCGUCGAAGGAUACACGGGAGAACAAGUGUGCCAACUGCGAGGGCACACACGCUGCAUGGAGCACGGAAUGCGAGGCACGCCAACGUGAGGUUGAAAAGAUAGCGGAGCUAUCGAGAUAUCGGGGAAGAUACCACCAUAUUCCGGCUCCAUACAGCAUCAACCAGCCGCCGGCUACCUUACAUUCCUCCUCCGCCAGCUCGUGGGGGACACCGAGGGAUUCAUCGAGCGAAGAGCUCACUAGCGGCGUUGAGAGUAGCGGUCUCACGCCGGCCGCACGCCCUAGCAACGGGGGCAAGGGCACCGGCCCUACAACAGCAAGCCGAACGGGAACUGGCCUACAAGCUAGUCAGCAUACAACCAACACGACAGAUCAAUCAGUGACGACAGCGUCGUCAGGCAGAAAAAGAGGGAGACCGCGAAAGACACAGAAGGAGAAGGGUGCAUCCCGGUCAAUGGAUACGAACGAGGACGUGACCGAGCCAACGAGCGGUCAAACCCAAGAACAGUCGAUUAUUAUCGACCAACCGACAACCAGCGAAGAGCAGCCAACAUUCCACUUCUCGGCGGCACCAAGCACCUUUCAGUUCUCCGCCGGAAGCAGCUUCGCCCCACGGCAACUCGACAAUAUCGAGUUUCGACCAGAAGGACCGAGCUCGCAGGCUACCACCGGCAGCAGCGCGCAAUCCAAGGCCGAUAAAGCAAGGGCAAGAACGGCGAAAGCGAGGGAGGCGAGAGCAAGAAAGAUCGCUGAAAGAAAGAGCAGCAGUAACGACACUACCAACAAGUCACUAUGCGUCAUAAGCCUAGCCGAGACCGCUAGCCAGGAACGAAUUGAGUCGGAGCUUAGCUCAGAGCUUGAUGAGGUCAACAUGAGAGAUCUAGAACGUCAGCUUGAGAGCCACAAGGGUGAUCGGGACUAUCAACCAUCGUCACCACCAGCACAAGAAGGGCGUAGGAAGCGAAAGCAGCCUCACAGCGAGGAUCUAUCUCUCAACAUCCGCUCAGCCGGGAGACGCAGAAUGCACAGCAGGAAAUCUUCCCGAUCGAACCGCCAAUGA